UCGUAUCAUAUUUGCAGCUUGAUAUCUUUUUUAUUUUAUAAUUUUACAUAUUUUUGGUUAUCGCAAAAGAAUAAUGUUGUUUACUAUUGUUCAACUGGAUGGGCAAUUCUAACGUCAAGAAAAAAUACUAUGAUCAUCAGAAAUAUGCUAGUCAGUAUAGUCUUAUCGAUAUCAUUGGUGGGAGUUGUGCUGGCUCAACGAGAUCUUCUCACGUAGAAACCAAAUCCUACUCUCGUUCUUCCUGUAGAAGCUUAGUCCACAGUUCUCUUAGUUCUUCUAAGACGGCAUGGCCAAUACCUAGGUCCGAAGCAAUAUUUCUUCCAGAAUUUAAAGUCAGAAAGAUGACUUUAAAUGCAGAAUACAGCUUCCUUGCUCUUAUUGCCAAAGGUGCAUAUGGUAGAGUUUAUAAAGUUCAGAAUCGAGAGACUAAACAAGUUUUUGCAUUGAAAGUUAUCGCCAAAGCUCAAAUUGUCACUGAGAAUGCCAUCGCUCAAGCAAAACAAGAGGUUGAUAUUCAAAGAAUGGUUGGGCAUCAUCCAUUUAUAGUAAAUUCAACUCAUAGAUGGCAAAGUAGAAAAACUUUAUACAUAUUAACGGAUUAUAUAAGUGGUGGAGAAUUAUUCUCAUUAGUAGAAAAGUAUGGAUGUUUACCUGAAGAAGUAGUUAGAAUAUAUGUUGCAGAAAUUGCUUUAGCUAUUGAUUUUUUACAUAAUGCUGGAGUAGUGCACAGAGAUCUGAAAGCAACUAAUAUUUUAUUGGAUGAAGAAGGACACGCUGUAAUUAUAGAUUUUGGUUUAUCCAAGUGGUUAAAUCGACAACAAAGGACGAAUACUUUUUGUGGGACUCCUGAGUAUAUGGCUCCAGAAAUAUUGAAAAGGCUACCAUAUGGACAAGAAGUUGAUUGGUGGUCUCUCGGUGUUUUAAUGUGCUUUCUACUGACUCAUCGGUAUCCAUCCAUUGCACCCUGUGAACUUUUCUCAGAUCGUUCAGAACAGAAUUGUCCUGUUCCACCUGGGACUUUACCACCCGAUGCAAAACUCUCACCAGCUGCAACGGAUCUUUUGAAAAGAUUGUUGCAACCGGAACCAUCGUUGAGGCUUCGAUCAAUAUUAACCCUUCAAACGCUAGCUUUUUAUAUGGGCCAUAAUUUGCAAAGUUAUAUGUACAAAAAAAAAUCUCCAUUUAAGUUACUGGGCCAAUCGAACACGAAUGAUUCCUCAAAUGCACAAAUGCAUUUAGAUUUUGCUGACUUUGAUUUCGUUGCUGGGAAUCCCCGAAUGUAUGGAAUGAUACAUUGAGGAAUAUUGGUUGUAUACGCCUAUUUCAUUUGCGAGCUGAAAAUGUCAAUUAUGUGGUGUUAAUAGUUUAAUCGAAUCAUCUUUAAAUCAAAACACCAUACGUUAUACUUCUUCCAGUAUGGUAUUAUACAAAACUAAUUGUAAGUUUGAAAUUUGCUAAACUAAUGGUAUUUGAUUGUGUUCAAAGUUUUGUUAUUUCAAUAAUUAAGAACAAAAUUUGAUAUUACGAUUUAUAUUUACGGAUCAUGUUUGUUAUGACAAUAAUAAUUACAGGAUAUAUAUAUGAUAUUAAUAUAAAUCAAAUAAAUGUCAACAUAAAUGUGCUUUACGAUGAAGCUAACAAUAAGUGUCAGAAGUUAAGAAAAAUGUUGAUUUGCAAAAGAAAUAUUCGUUGAAUGUGCUAUCGUGUGUAACUUAAGAUAUUUUUUAAGUAAUAAGAAAAAGCUUCCAAAUUUAAAAUAACAAAUUAUGAAACAUCUGAAAUAAGCAGUCGGAAGAUAUGCAUAAGUAACAUUAAAAUAAGACUACGAGAAAAAAAGAAAAGGAAAACUUUGUUCAAUAAA